AUUUGUAAGCUGAUUUCUUACAAUACUUUUCUCAGAAUAAAUUAAUGGGCCUUUAUAAACUUAAUUAUACAUCGUCAGUAACAAAGGUCAACCAAUCAUAUCAACCGUGCUUUAUGCUACGAAAUGGUAUGAGUAGGGAACAGAGGGGAAGCGUAGCAAUCGUAGCAGUAGAUCGUAGCACGCGUAGCGCGCCGCUUGCCUCUACGUAGCCAGUAGCAGUACCUUAUAUCGGACAAACAUUCGUGUACAUUUUCGUCUUGAUUAAUCACCAGGGUAGAGAAUGAGCGAGCGGGGUGCUCGGCGCGGCGCAGGCGCACCCUUCUACGCUCCGCUGCGGCGUAAGACCUCUGCCGAGAUCAUCAGUGAAGCACGCGCGGCUAUAUACGGCGAGAUGAGCAGCACGUCGGGCGGCGGCGGCGUGGGCGGCGGCCUGCGUCCGCUGCGCACGCGACGCCCGUACACGCCGCGCGAGCCGCAACGAUCGCUGUUCACGGAGCGAGCCAACAAGAAGGAACCGAGACCACCCAGCGGCUUUGAUCUGAAGUACCUGAGCCUGUCGGAGAGCGGCGAGGAGUCGCUGGCGACGAUGGACGCUCGCAUCGCUCAUCUAGACGAAGAAGCGCUCAACGAGAUGCUGGCGGACACACACAACAACAAGAAAAAACCAGCGGUCCGUAAAGAGUCUCGUCCAGCGGCAGCCGGUGACGUUUGGGGCGGGUUCACCAAGCUGCCGCACCUGAGCGGGCGCAGCAAGCCGCUGCAUCGCCGCAACACCACCGGACAAGUGCAUGUUGACGAUAUGAAGCCGGAGAUGACACUAUCGCGAGCGAUUUCUAUCAGACCACUGGGUGACUCCGAUGGCUGCGUCAGCAGUGUGGUUAUCAGCGAUGCUUUAAACACCAAAUCUGACGGCUCAAAACGCAAGCAGUACGCGACGAGUAAGGCGGCAUCGUGCGACGCGACCUCGCCCAGCCUCGGCAAGUCAGACUUCGACGUGAAACACCUCGCCGUCACGCUGCCCAACUACACCUCUGCUGAUAACUAUGAGAAUAUGACAGUCCUGGAGCUGACAGAAGCAUUAUCGCAGCGGUCACGCGACGUGGAGCGAACACUACAACUGCUAGAAGCAGUCAUACAGGCCGUGAGCGUAGCGACUCCCGGCGCGAGUCUACGAGAACUACUGCUAAGAUCCCUCUACACGCACGCUGACAGCGACGACGAACGACUGCUCGUAGCCGUAGCACGUGCCAUGCUCACGAUGCGAGUGACUGGAACGCAUUUAGCGGCCGCUUGUAAGCUCGUGUUCAAGAUAGCUAAGAAUGACAAAAACGAUCACUUCUUUAGGAACACCAAUCUGUUGGAGUUAUUGGUGGAGGGUUGCGGUCGCGCGGAGCCGCUGGCGGACAGCGCGUGUUGCGUGUACGGCGCGGCGGCGCUGCGCGUGCUGGCGCUGGAGCCGCGCCUGUGUGCGCGCGCGCACCGCGCCGGCGCCGCGCACCUCGCCGCGCUGCACCUCAAGAUACUCAACAACGCGAAGGCGGAGUCCCCGCGCUCCCUGGGCGAGCAGGGCACGCACGCGCUGUACCAGGUGACGGGUGCACUGCGUAGUCUCGCUGGUGCAGUCGACCAGUUCGCGAGCGAGUUCCUCGACAGCGGCGCGUUGACUGAACUCAUUAGUGCACUGUCCUUGCAUACUGAUAGAGAUGUUCUUACCAAUGUUGCGAGAUGUCUCAGCGUAGUAUCAGGCUCAGCAGAGUGCUGCGCAUGGCUAUGCGGCUGUGCGAACAACGCGCACGCGCUGGUGCGCGCGCUAGCCGCGUGUGCCCCGCGAGCUCCUCUCGCCGUACGCCUCGCCUACACGCUCGGGAACAUGGCCGCCGCUGACGAACGCGCGAGGAACCAUAUCUACAAUGAAGACGGUGCUAUUGACGUGUUCCUCACAAUACUGGAGUCUUACGCCCAGCGGAACCCAUACGACCCGCCUGACGUGGAAGCUGACCCCGAUCUACACUUAAUAGGUACAGAUUUAGGCGGAUCUGAUGGUUCCAACGAAGAUGUUCUCAUAAAGACGGUUCGUGUGGUCGCUAACCUAUGUCUAGCGGAGCGAGUGGGUCGUGCCUUAGCGGACUUGUACGCCGAGCGCAUUGUCAACGCCUUGCUGGCGUGUCUGCAAGUCGCUGAGAAGACCAUACAGAAUGCGGAUAGAACAUUAGUGGAGCACUCGACCACAGUGGAACGAGGCGAGGAGCUAGCGACGGCGGCGCUGGCCACGCUCAACAACUUGACGUUCUACCGCGAGCCGCCCGACCCGCCCGACCCGCUGCACGUGCCCAUCGACAAUAUAUGCAAAGCAACGUGUCGCUGGCUACGAGGCACGGGGCCCGCGUCGUGUGAAGCUGUGAGAGCUCUCGGUAACGUGUCCCGCGCCACGCGCACCGCGCAACUCAUCGUGCUUGAAGGCGCGCUUGAUAGGCUCGAACCUUUCUUACAACACGAGGAGAGCAGCGUACGUUGCGCGGCUGCAGGAGUCCUAGUCAACGUGUGCGGUGCUGGCGCGGACGGGGCCGCCGCCGCAGCCCUAGCAGCGCGGGCAUUAGCCGCGGCCGCGAGACGCCGCGACCCCGCGCCGGCGCCGCUACUCGCGCGAGCGCUGUGGAACGCGCACGCGCAUGAACACGCGCCGCUCUCGCCCAUACACGCGCAUCUUGUGACCGAAGCACUCGCUAUGUUUAUUGAUGACGAAUCGGUGUUUGUCGCUUGUGAGGCAGCCAAAAUGGAUCGAGAUCCAAGUGAUCCAACGCAAACCAUCACAAAACAUCAUGUAACAUUCGACAUGGAGAACAACAACUAUUCAACUGACUGCGACCCUUCGUGCUACUCCGCUGGCCCCAAGCGAGUCACUCACUCAGACAGCGUCGACCACGCUGACGUCACAUGCCACGAUGACGUCAUACGUCACGAUGACGUGCCGGGCGAGGACGGUGACGCCACAGGUGAGGACCUAGGCUUCGAGGACGGUGACGCGGACGAGUGCCCGUGUGACCCCUGCCGCCGCCUCGCGACGUGGGACGAGCUCGUCGGUGUUGCCAUACCGCUUAUGGAGAGAUUGCGACCUCCACGGACUGACGCCUCUGUGGGCACAGAGUGAAAAUAUAAAAUUGUUUAUGCGCAUCUUAGGGAUAUAGAUAGAAAUGUAGAUUUGAUUAUGAAGUUUGUAUAUGUAGUUCAGAAUCAGUUUUGAAAUUGAAAUCAAAGAUGUGAGAGUACCGCAAAGAUUGUAGACACCCGUUGUGGGCUUUGUUAGUGGUACAGUUUUUUAAGUAGAUAAUGUAUGAUUCUGUACCUAAUGUACGACGGUAUGUACCUUUCAAUACGUCUGAAGGUAAUUGAGGUAAUAGUUUUAGCAAAUAUACGGUAUUGUAAUUUUCCAAGAAGGUAUUAAAGUUAACGAUGACAUGUCGGUUGUGAAUGUUUGAUACGUAAUGAAAAUUAGCUAAUUAGCUUUACCUAAUGAAAUUAUCAAUAAAAUACUAAUAGUCAAUUAUUGGUUAAAUAAUAUUCAUGACUAAUGUCACGUAGACCUAAUUUCGAAUACAUAGUUAUUGAAACAGUUGGAAUGUGGGUAAAUCCCAUUACUGGUUUGGGAAGUUACAACAAUAUAAACCGCAAUAGUAUUGACAGCAAACAAACGUCUCUAUUAUUACCUAUAAUAUAAAACAUUCUAAGAUUUUCAUCAAAGAUACUGCCACUAUUUCAUCAAAUAUACUGACAAUGUGUACACUGAAAACCUGCCAUCAAACAGACAAAAACGAAUCGAUGUUUUGUAUAAUCUUCUCGAGCUAAUUUUAUCGUAGUAAUUACACAUUAGUAUCGUUAAGGCUGACCACUUACGUCCGAUAAUAGGAUACCAAUUUUUUGUAGGCGAAAAAUAUAACAUACGAUAUAAUAACUAUGUAGCUAUGUACAAAAAGUCAGAAAAUCCUAGUCGGAACCUCCACGACGAAAGAGGGCAGCCUUAUCACUGGAAACGGACGGUGAUUAUAUAUCUUAAUGAUUUAAUUUACAGUAGGUUAGUAAAAUAAUGUAAACUUAAUGUACUUACUUAAUUAUUAUAUAAUAUCCUAUCAAUUUCUACGUCGGAAUCAUGUUUCUUGUUAAAUAUUUUCAGGAUAAUAAAUAAAAAAUCAUGGCGACUGUUUAUUUUGAAAAGUUUCUGAUUAAUGCAAUUAUUUGUUGUAAAUAUACUUACAUUUUAAUCGCUGUGUUUAUUAUACAAUGCAUUGUAAUUAUGUUGAAUAUUAGAUAAUAAAUGAAUU